AUGAGUAAAAUCGUCCUGUACGACCAACCCGACUUCAACGGGCAGGCCAAGCAGUUUGUGAGGAAUGAGACGGACCUGUCCACGAUGAUAUUCGACAACACUGCCCAGUCGGCGCGGGUGGAGGGCCACCACUGGGUCGGCUUCACGGAUAAGAACUACAAGGGCGAGUUCAUUAUCUCGAGUUCAUUAUCUUCGCGCCCGAAGCUGAGCUCGCUGCGGCUGGUUAAUGAGGAUCUGAUGAACCCGCAGAUCGACCUGUACCAGAAUGUGAACUACGAUGGCGAGGUCCGCGUAGUGACGGAGCAGGUGAAUGACCUGAAGAUAGCCGACAUGAAUAACAUGGUCUCGGCUGACAUAGUGAAGCAGGGCGUGUGGAUCCUCUACCAGGGGGUCGACCAGACGGGGUCGCGACUCAUCACCUUCAAGGGCGACAAGUGGCCCAACUACUGCACCUUCGAAUGGAACGACAAACUCUCCUCGCUCCGCCCUCUGGUCAACAGCUACACAGAGGUGGCACCCACGCCAAGCGUGCUGCUCCAGGGGCGCUCUGGAGCAGCUGCACCGCCCGGACCCGCCACUGGGGGCGCUCUGGAGCAGCUGCACCGCCCGGACCCGCCACUGGGGGCGCUCUGGCGGCGGCGCGAGGAGGCGGGAAACUUUGGCCGUUGGCGGCGCUCGAGCGGAAAAAAUGUUUCUCCGGCCCCGAGUGAUGUUGAUGUUGAUGUUGAUGAUGAUGGUGAUGGUCUGGCCCGGUGUGUGGUCAAUGUGGACAGUGUGGUCAAUGUGGUCAAUGUGGACAGUGUGGUCAAUGUGGUCAAUGUGGGGACAUUGUGUGUGGACAACGUGGACAGUGUGGACAAUGUGGUCAAUGUGGACAAUGUGGGGACAGUGGACAACGUGGACAGUGUGGACAAUGUGGACAAUGUGGUCAAUGUGGGGACAGUGGACAACGUGGACAGUGGACAAUGUGGACAAUGUGGGGACAAUGUGGACAACGUGGACAUUUACUCAGUAUUCAAUCAAGAGGAAUCUACCGGAGUCACAUAUGUUUCUGCCAUCCGUUUAUCCAAUGUUACGUUGGUGGGCUACACUGGCAUGCAGCUUGAAUCUGGAACCACAAUCACCUGGUCAGUUCUACAUCCUUCUGUUCACAGUGUCAUUUUGGUUCACACCUUUGGGACAACCGAUGUCCACUAUGGUGACUUCUACCAGCUUCGUGUCGUGUACAACAUGACUAGUGCAUCUCUCCAGUUGCUAAAUGCAGAUCUGGCAGACAGUGGGAUUUAUGAGACUCUCAUAUCGUACCCUGGCUUGGAUGGAAAGAAAAGUCACUAUCACAGCAUUCUUUACAUUCAAGAAAUGUUGAAAGUGCCUCUGAUAAUCCAAACUCGAAUUGACAUUAAUCAAAUUAUACGUCUUAAAUGUAUUGUGAAAAAUGGGGAAACAGACACAAUUUUAUGGUUGAAAGGCGGCGUAGCUAUGCGUAACAGCAAGGUUUAUAAAAUAUCAUCCAGCAACAGAACAGUGAGUUUUAACAGUGCUCGUGUGGCUAACUGUGAAACGUACACAUGUGUCAUCAAAAACAAGAUCAGUGAGAACCACGGAUCCCAUGUACUUCUAAUUGAGGGAUUGAUAGACCUCCACCAAUAUUCGUUUGUGUUGUCUGUUCUCUCGCUGAUCAGCACAGUAACAACCUUUGGUGCAUCGGCCUUCAUCAUCUUUUAUGCUCUGGGUGCUUACCGAGUUCACAAGCGACAUGUACAGCUGACAGCUCUCUUCGUCUUCUUCCAGCUCAUCUCCUUUGUCUUCUUACUGGUGGCAGCACUCUUCUGCCUGGUUGAUCCAAACUUUUCCACCAUGUACAAAGUUCUCGAAGGCUUGAUAUUUGUCACUGCGUUAACAAUGAUUGUAUAUGUUCUCCUGAUAUACCUCCAACCUGAAAACCAACUCAAAAGAUCGUUUUUGUUAAAGAGAUAUCAACGCAACAUUUUUCUGGUGUAUGAAGUCUGUGCCAUUUUCCUUUCAUCCAUACCACUCUACCAGGGACAACGUUCCCUUAGGAAUUGUGGACAGUCAGGAGAGAAUGUUUUGGGGGUGGCAGCCACCACCCUGGUGAUUUACAUUUAUGCUGUCGGUGUGCCUUUCCUCAUCUUCGUCAAGUCCACCACGGGGAUUGUAGGCAUCCUGAUCACCAUCACACAAACCCAAGAACUCUGGUGA